GGCUGCUACGGCGAUACCAUGCCACCCGCGUUGAUAGCUUUGCACGCUAACAAUUCGUUACGGUUAUGAACUUCAGUGAAGCGAUGUUUCUUGUGGCACGCAAUACUGGAACAUCAUACGUAAAGCGAGCAUCGUUUAUAUCAGAAGCUACCCGAGCGUUGCGCAACUUAACGGCAUCAAGGUCGAUCGUCGUUGUAGAACGUGCUGUUCUUUGAAUGAUGCGUCUUGUUUCGAUUUCGUAGCUGACAUUCUUUACGUAACUCAAAAUGUUAUACGCUGCUUUGAGAGUUAGCGGUGCGGUGUGCAGACAUCACCUGUCCCUGCUCAAGUUCUCUGCUGGGAAAAGUGUGGCAUCCUUUUGCAAGCUCUCCAUAAACACCUCGUUAGGAGGGCUCGCUAAAACCUCCACAAGAUCACUGCCACCACCCGGAUCAUCUCAAUGUCGUCAUCCCCUGCGACAUAUUCUUGUACUUGGCGGAGGAUGCACCGUGACACUGUCCGUUGCUCUGGGGCGAUGCUUCCUUCAGACGAAAGUACAGUGUGCUAAGCACAAUACAAGGCUCCUUGAUGCUAAGAAAGGCAGCACAGCGUCUUUCGACUGGGCUUCUUUCUUUCGCUUCUUGAAGCCGGACUGGCUACCGCUUCUUGUAGCUGUUAUAAGUGCCUUAAUUGUUGCUGCUCUCAACAUUAAAAUCCCGGUGUUCCUGGGUGCAGUUGUUGACGUCCUGAGCAGGAUAAAAUCUGGCAACUCAAGCCCUGGCGCAACUCCCAUCAGCUUUUUCGAGGAAAUACGUGGGCCAGCUGCGCAACUUUUUCUCAUUUAUGUAAUGCAAAGUGUUUUUACAGCCAUCUACAUAUCAACGCUGUCCUUUACUGGGGAGCGCUAUGCCACGAGACUACGCCAAGCGCUGCUUGAGUCUGUGCUCAAGCAAGACAUGUGCUUCUUUGACAAGACAAAGACUGGCGAGAUCAUGAACUGCCUCAGUGGAGAUGUACAGGAGUUCAAAAGUGCCUUCAAGCUGUGCAUAUCACAAGGGAUUAGGAGUGUGGCCCAGACUGUUGGGUGCGCCAUAUCACUCUAUUACAUCUCACCAAAGAUGACCAUGUGGACUGUUGUUAUUCUGCCUGUGAUGUUGGCAGCGGGCACAGUAUUUGGCUCAUUUCUACGAGUGCUCUCACGAAAAGCGCAAGAGCAGACUGCUCGAGCUGCAGGUGUGGCCGAUGAAGCUUUGAGCAACAUCAGGACAGUUCGGUCAUUUGCCAUGGAGGACACAGAAGCUCAGCUCUUUCAGCGCGAAGUUGACAAGGCUGAAAACCUGCAUACUGCGCUCGGUAUUGGCAUUGGCUGCUUUCAGGGUCUCACCAACCUCAGCCUGAAUGGUGUUGUGCUCGGUGUGCUGUAUCUUGGAGGAACCAUGAUGGAAGCUGACAACCUGAAUGCUGGACAGGUCAUGUCAUUUUUUGUGUGCAGCCAAAUAAUUCAGAGGUCACUUUCACAAUUGUUUGUCCUCUUUGGACAUUAUGUUCGUGGGAUCUCUGCUGGAUCAAGAGUCUUCGAGCUGAUCAACUUGAAGAAUGAAGUGGCCAUAACUGGAGCAAAGCAGCUAAACCCAAGUACAUUGCGGGGGGAUGUUGAGUUUCGCCACGUUUAUUUUGCCUACCCGACCAGGCCAAACCAGACUGUCCUCGAGGAUGUGUCACUGAAGCUUCCAGCAGGAAAGAUUGUAGCCAUUUGUGGACCUUCAGGCAGUGGCAAGUCCACGAUUGCAGCUUUGUUAGAACGUUUCUAUGAUGUGACCGAUGGCUCCAUAACCUUAGAUGGGCAUGACUUGAAGGAACUGGACCCUGACUGGCUUCGACGCAAUGUGAUUGGCUUCAUUCGACAGGAGCCACUGCUGUUUGCCACAACAAUAAAAGAGAACAUCCGGUAUGGCAAGCCUGAUGCAACUGAUGAAGAGGUGUACAGUGCUGCUAAGCAGGCCAAUGCUCACGACUUCAUCAUGUCGUUUCCACGCCAAUACGACACUGUUGUUGGGGAACGUGGUAUCACUGUAUCAGGUGGGCAGAAGCAGCGCAUUGCGAUAGCCAGAGCACUGCUGAAGAACCCACAAGUGCUCAUUCUUGAUGAGGCCACAAGUGCGCUGGACACUGAAUCAGAAAAGGUAGUCCAGGCUGCCCUGGACAGGCUUAGCAAAGGUCGAACUGUUCUCGUCAUCGCGCAUCGACUGUCUACCAUCAGAAAUGCUGACAUCAUUGCUGUCUUGCUUGACGGGAACGUUGUCGAGAUCGGAGACCACAAGUCUUUGACAAGGUUGAAGGGUGUCUACUGGAAGCUUACGCAACAUCAUGGAAUCCUGAGAGGAGCGGGGUGAUCAGACAAAUUUUUGUU